UAUAUAUGUACAUGCAAUACAUAGUGUCAUGGCGCCAAAAUGUUACGCUAUGUAUGCUUGCGAUGGGAUAGCAUUUUAUAUGGUUUGUUUUAAACAGUUUUUCUAGGCAUUCAUGGUACAUUUUAUGUAGUAAUGAAGAAUGAAAAAUAUUACACAGUAUCUCGUGGACACCGUAAAACCUAGUGGAAUAACUACCAACGAUACAAGACUGGAAGAGGAGUCUAAUAAUGGCUCGAAAAGAAAACGUAACCGUGUUAAAAUUAAAAUAUCACGAACAAGUACAAAGGAAACGGUAUGUGAUAUCAUAGAAAGUAGUAGUGAUAUGAUUGAUAAAACGCCUAGCCCAUUUACCAGAGAGGCAGCUAAACACAAAAAUUCGCUUGAAAAAUCAAAAAGAUCUUCAUCGAAAUUACAAACAUUGGUGAAUAUGAAAAAAUUAGAAGAUGAAAGUUUAGAUUAUUUAUCUAUAGAAACCAACGAUAAGUCGUAUAAGGAACGAAAUUAUAAACGUAAUUCUGAAAAUUCAGUUAAAAAUAAUAGGAAAACAAAAAAAACAUUAAAGGAUAAAGAGGGCACAAAAAGCGAUACAAGUGUAUGUAAUACAGUUAAGAAUAAAGAACCUGAAGUUAUAAAUCUAAUUAAUAUUAGUGAUAGCGAAGAUGAUAAUCAUGAAGAAUCUAAUGCUUUUCAAAUUCUUAUGAACCGUAAAAAGCAGGUUCAUAGUUUAUCACCGACAAAGCCUGCUCAAACUGAUGAAGCUGACAUCAAAAAGUCUGGAGAAUAUAAAAUCAAAUUGAAACAAACAAAAGAAAAGUUGAUAGCUUUAGCUGAUAAAAAAGGAUAUUCCAAACAAAAAUUAGCAGAAAUUGAGGAAGGUGAAAAGAUAGAACGUAUUAUUCAAAAACGAAUUAAACUUUUUAAAAAAGAUACAACGAAAGAUAGUAAUGGAGAAGCAACUAUAUUUACUCAAAGUCAAUCUUGUGGUAGUUUGUUGAAUUAUUUUAGCAAAGUUCCAGUGAAUUUAACACAUUCGAAUGUAGCUAACAUGUCUACUAUUGUGGUCAAGGCUGAUGUACACAUGGCUGAAAAUUCCACUCAACAUAAUAUAUAUAAUUCAAGCUCAAAGAAGGGACCACAGUUGAAUAAACAAAAUAAAUUGGAUAUGAAAUUUUCUCAAAUAGAUGAUAUUAGUAUUAUAGAUUCUGAGAACAUUAAUAUGACAUGUAAAACAAAGAAACAUGAUUCAUGUGGACAAAGUAAACAUAGGUGGUCUUUGCGGAUUAAACUUCAAAAUUAUGAAAAUGAAAAUCUUGUAGCAGAUGAAAUUAGCGAUGAAGAAAUAUUUUCAGCACAAAGAAGAUCUAAAAUAAAUACAAAAAGUUCUAAGAAAUCUGAAGCAACUAAAAACAUUUCUGUGGUAGAUAAGAAUCCGAAAAGAGCGCUAAAACAAGUGAACGAAGAAAGUAUAUUAAAACAUGAACUAUUAAAAAAUGCUGAAAACGAUUUAGCACAGAAAGAUAAACAUAAAUCGACAUUUGACAACUCCAAGCAUACUUCAACAGUCAGUAAAAGUUUGGACAGCUGCCUUAAUUCAAAUUUAAACGAUUAUGUUAUUAUUAGUGAGAGUAAAUUAAAGAGAAAAACAGUAGAUAAAUUGGCUCCUUUGUUCACAAAGCGACGAAAACCUGAUCCAGAGAUCAUAGCGGCUCGUCGGUUAUUUUUACAACCAGAUGUAACGGAUAAUAGUAAAAGCGUAGUUAGAAAAGUAACUGUGGAUGGUACAUUACCGUUUCCAGUUGUGAGUCAUAUCACACAAUUGAAUAACGUAAUUUCUAAUGAAACGAAAAGUUUUCAUAUUCCAGAAAAACUUCGUGUUAAAUUCAUUCCAGUUAUAAAUUCAAGCGACUAUACAUGUACAAUGGACUUUUCUGAAAUAAAAUUGGAAGCAAACGUUAUAAAUAAGAAAGCAAAAGUUUCAGAUAUAUUAACAGAAAUGGAGAAGUUCUGCACAGACACGAGACAAAUGUGGAGUGUUAUUUCUCACAUAUUCAAAGGGCAACCUAUUAAAACAGUAUCACCAAGAACAAGAACAAAAAGAAGUAAAUUUAUGAGAGAAGAAAAAAUGAUAGAAAAGAGAAGUACAGAAAAUCAAAUUGAGAAUUAUAAUUGGACAUACAAGUAUAGACCAAGAAGUAUCAAAGAAGUUGUUGGUAAUGAAGAAGCCGGUACAAAAUUGAGAGAAUGGUUAAUUGGAUGGAAAGCGACAUUCAGAAACGAGAAUAACAGUAGUGGGGAUGAAUUCUAUUCCUCCGAUAGUACUUCUUCGAGAAUUCACGAGAACAAUCAAGUAGCCAUACUAUUAGGACCACAUGGAAGCGGUAAAACCGCCAGCGUUUAUGCGGUAGCAGAAGAAUUUGGUUACACUGUAUUAGAGGUAAAUGCAUCAUCUAGGAGAACUGGAAAAAUACUUUUGAAAGAACUGGAGGAAGCGACUAAAUCACAUAGAAUUAAAAAGAAAUCAGAUGCACCCACAUUUUUUAAUCUAAGUUCAGAUGAAACUGUACCAAAGAAAAUAUCGCAAAAGUCUCUCAUUCUUAUAGAAGAUAUUGAUCUCAUAUUCGAAGAGGAUGAAGGUUUCAUUUCCGCUACUUAUCAGUUAGCAUUAAAUACAAAACGUCCGAUUGUCAUGACGUGUAGAGAUAUUUGUCCCCAUUUGGCUAAAAUAGCACCUCAGCAAAAUAGAAUUUAUUUUCAACAAGCAACUGGUAGCAGGAUUGUUGCUUUAUUACAAUUGAUUGCAUUGGCAGAAACAGGCUACAGUGUAUCCACUGAUUAUAUAACUGAAUUGAUACAAAUAGGAGAUCUGCGUAAAGCUAUACUUAAAUUACAAUAUUUGAUGCUAUCUAAUCCGACACAUGUUAUAGCACAAUCUAUCAUUUUUAAGAAUUCAUUCUGGGAAAGCGUGCGAUAUAAUUUAUACAAACCGGCCAUAAAAGAAAAUAAGAAACAAAAAACGAAAAAAGCUGCAGAUAGGAAAGUAACAAAUUUCAAUAAACAUAUAUUGGAUAAUCUGGCAAAUAAAUUAAAUGACAUCGUUUUGAUGUCAUCUCUAAUUCAUUUAGAAGACUCUGCUUUAAAUUUGUCACAGAUAAAAAUGCAACCUAGUCUGUCUUUAUUAGAAAAUACUGAUUCAUAUUCGGCAUCAAAUAGUAUAUGUUUCGAUAUAGCGGAAUGGCUUAGUAAAACAGCUGUGUACAGCAGUCAGUUAAGUAGUUCUGAUGGAACUUCAUAUCGAAAUAAUAUCACACUAAAAAGACAGUUAAAUAAAGGAGUAAAUUCGGCAUUGUCGCAAACCACAUCUUUCUUACUUGAUCGUCAAGUUAUAUCUACAGAUUACCUACCAUGUUUAAGAACGAUAUGCAGAGCAGAAGAAUCUAGAGCUAAUAUGAACAAUAAAAGAGGAAAUCGAUUUUUCCACUAUCUUCAUAAUUUAAAGGGACCAUCAACAUCACUUAAGCCUAACAUUUUAUCAGCUGCAUGUAGAGUAAUGCGUGACACAGUAGAUAAUGAUGCAAAUACAAGUACUACUUGUGUGUAACAGUUAAUUUUUUUAUUAUUACAUAUCCUGUAAAAAUUUAGAAAUUUAUGAUAAGGAUGUUACGUUUAAACAUAUGUCUUUUAUCAAAUAUAUAGAAGAUAUUUUAUGCAUUCAUAACUCACUUGCAUUUGUAGUAUCGUGUACUGAAUAGUUUUUUAAGAAUUAUGAUGCUUAUAUAAAAAUAUUGUACAAAAUUGUACUAUAGUGGUCUUAAAGCAAUCAUCCUAAAGUUCUCUACUAAAUGUAAUAAACACAUACUUGUUAUAAA